AUGAGCAAUCGACAUCAUUGCAAGAAUCAUCGAAAGAGUAUUCAAGGCGACUCUGUAAGUUGAAAUUUUUAACUAUUUCUUUCGAAAAAACAUAAUGAUGUAUGUCAAAAAUGUUGUUUUCGUUGUAAUCAAAACAAAAAAGAAAAACCAAAGUUCAAUUUGAUAUUCUUUACAGCAAAAUCAGGCCAAGACGUCGCAAAACAACGUCUUCCACAGUAGUGCGAAUAGUAGUAGUGAUAACCAGACCGCGACAACACUUCUCUGUGAUCGUCCAACAACUUCGGCCAGUGUUACAGUGCCGAAAUUUGUUCAACCGAACACACGAUUCCAACCGGUUGCCAAACCGAUUCUUGGUGAGUUUUGAAUUUCGAAAUGUUCGAUAUUUUUCUCAGCAUUCAAACUCAGAGAAAACACAAAAAUUAAAUUUUUGAAACUAAUCAGAUCAAUUAUUUUCCAGCUCGGUUCAGCAAAGAAAACGUCUUUGCCAAUAUCAACUACCUCAUGGGGAACAACAAUUAA